UACGGACGUCAUUGAUAAAAAAAAAACACUAACAGUGCAAAUCGCUAUUACAAGGUCAAAAAAAAUUGUCUAUAAUAAAACAAAAAUGGGAACAUGUCUAGGAAAGCAUAGAAAAAAGCGGAACACUAUAUGUCCCUCCGGCACAGAAGACGGUUUACGUAAACACUCCACUAGACGUAAGGCACCAGAAGACAUGAUACAAGAGCUUGAGGAUGCAAACACCGAAGAUUCUAAAAUAGCAACUGCUGGAGUAUCAUUCACAGUAGACUUCCGUGAUGGGGAUCCUACCAGGAUGCCAUCUAGACUAGCAGACAGACUUGACGGUGCUGUCACACCUCCCGAUGACGACAACGAGGUAAAAUAUACACCAGAAGAAAGACAAAUUGGCAGAGCUUUUGCGAAAUGACGUUUUGCGCGAGAAGAAAGAAAAGGCCGCAAAACACUCAGAAGUCCGGGCUUAAACAGUGACUCCCGGUAAGUCGUAAAUCGAUUUGGAUGCUGAACUUGCACACUGGAUCUUUACGACAGACGUUAGCUUUAGAUUACUGUUUAAUAUCAUCUCUUACGAUACAAUAAAGUUUUUAUGUAUAAUUGUCA